AUGAAAUUCAAUAAAUUUGUAUUAUUGGCAACAAUUAUGUUGUUUGCCGUUGCAAUCCGUGCGCAUGGAGAUCACGGACAUCAUCACGACGAUGAGGAGGAAGAUGGACCAUCCGAUGACAAUGUCAUCAACAUGAACGAAGUAAACUUCAACGAGGUCAUCACUGAACACGAUCUCGCCCUUGUUAUGUUCUUUGCCCCAUGGUGUGGUCACUGCAAGAACUUGAAGCCACACUGGUCUGAGGCUUCCAAGUCACUUGCCACCAACAAGAAGGUUGCCCUCGGUAAAGUCGAUUGUACUGUCGAAGCUACUCUCUGUCAAUUGAACAAGGUUGAAUACUACCCAACUUUGGUCCUUUUCAGAAACGGUGUACCAGAGCCAUUCGAAUUGAAUGAAAGAACUGCUUCCGGUAUUGUCAACGCCCUCACAUCAGAGCUUUUACCACCAAUCACCAGUGUUGAAACUGAGGAAGAUUUGGAAAAGUUGAAGGCUGAAGGAAAGGAUGUUAUUGUCGGUUUCUUUGAUAACGAUCACGACGACCGUUACACCACCUUCAAGAAGUUGGUUACUCCAAUGAAGAAGUUCAUCAAGUUUGGUGCCGUCAUCAACAAGGAGUUCUCUGCCAAGCACGUCAAAUCUACUCCAUCCGCCAACAUCUACACCAAGUUUGAGGACUCUCCAGUUGUCCCAUUCACCGGUAACUUUGAACCAGAGGAAUUGACUCAAUUCAUCCGUUCCAGCAUUUUGCCAACUUUGGGUGAGAUCAACGAACACACCUACAAGAAGUACGACGGUUGCGGUCUCCCAAUUGCCUACCUCUUCAUCAAUCCAAAGGAGAAGGAAGCCACUGAAACCACAGUUGCCGAAGUCACCAAGAUUGCCGCUGCCCACAAGGGUAAGAUCGUCUUCUGUUCGGUCAACAACGUCAAGUACCCACAACAAGCCAAAUACCUCGGAUUGUCUGGUUCCAAGGUUCCAGCUCUCGCCAUCGAGAUCUCUGCCAAGGGACAAAAGUUCUUGUUCCCAGAGGACAGCGAGUGGAGUCAAACCGCCGUUUCCGAAUUCGUUCAACAAUAUUUGGACAACAAGUUGGUCCCAUUCAUGAAAUCCGAGCCAAUUCCAGCCGACAACAGCCAAUCUGUCAAGGUCAUCGUUGGUAAGACCUACGAACAAAUCGUCCUCGACGAGACCAAGGAUGUCUUGGUUGAAUUCUACGCUCCAUGGUGCGGUCACUGCAAGAGUUUGGAACCAAUCUACAAGCAACUCGGAGACUACAUGGCCGAAAACCCACAUGUCGUUAUUGCCAAGGUCGAUGCUACCGCCAACGACGUUCCACCAGAACUCGCCAUCCGUGGUUUCCCAACCAUCAAGUACUUCAAGGCCACCGACAAGAAGAACCCAGUAGAGUACAACGGUCAACGUGAUCUCGCAUCAUUGGUCGAAUUCAUCCAAGAGCACUCCACCCAAACUUUGAAGUUCUCAAAGACCGUCGAGGAAUUCUCCGGAGUUGAAGCCGAAAGCGAUAUUGAUGAGGAACCAGAAGUUGCCGUCAAGAAGAACAAGCUCCCACAUGACGAACUCUAA